UCCAUGUCAGUGCUAUCCAGGUAAGCCCUCAUGUGCUGCUGCCAUGACCUGAUCUGCAUAUGAUUAGCAUGCAGCAGCAAGUCUCCCCUGCCUGCGGGAGCCUGGGCGUCACCUGUGAGGUCACCAUUCAUGUGCAUUACCUCCCAAUUCAUUUACAGGAAGAGUUACAGAGUUGCGAAGUGUUUCACCUUGUUGGCUGGAAGAACACCUCAGUAUCGUAUUAACUACACACAGAACAAUGGCUACUCUAACACCAGCACACAGCACACCUGGCUUCUGCACAUGAAGGUCACUUUUCCAACAGUCUCCUUGGAACAUACUGCAAAAGCAUUUUGAACCUUCAUUAUGGAGUCUGUAGAUGGGAUUGAAAUGCUGGAGAAUGACCUUCCUCUGCCUUUAUGUGCUGUGUGUGGGCAGCAGCAUUCUACUGAAGAAAACCACUUUUACCGAUAUACUGAAGAAGUGGAUGAUGAUCUCAUUUGCCAUAUCUGUCUACAUGCACUCAUACAACCGCUGGACACUCCAUGCGGUCAUACGUACUGCACUCUCUGCCUCACUAACUUCCUUCUCCAUGAGAACUUUUGCCCCAUGGAUCGAAAACACGUCAUGCUACAGUCUUGCAAAAAGUCAACAGUGCUGGUAAAGAACUUGUUGGAUAAACUUAUGGUUAACUGCCCUUUAUCAGAAUAUUGUGAAGAUGUUCUUCAACGAUGUGACCUAGAGGAUCACCUCCUGAACAGGUGUAAAGGUGCAUCACACUAUGGCCUUACCAAAGAGCGCAAGAGACGUUCACAGGAUGGGUCCCCAGACUGCAGCUCCUCACUGGACUUAACUAUAGCAGCAGUGUCCCCUGAACUGUCCACUGCAUCAGCCUUAGCAUCCGACGAAACGGGUCAGGACAACCUUGUAUAUAGCUCACCCACAGGAGACAGCCAUCUGGGAAGUGGGUCUGAAGAACCCUGCAGGAUUAACCGUAACAGGAGUCGUAACUUUGAGCGUUCCACUGUCAGGAGCCUGUCAUUUAAGAAGAUAAACCGAGCUCUCAGCGUUCUUCGAAGAACAAAGAGUGGAAGCGUCAUUGUGCAUUCUGGUGAGAGAGAGCGAGGGAUCCUGCAAAAUACAAAUGUCACAGGCGACUCUCUAGGACUGCCGAAUCUGUCUCACCUUAUUCCGGAUGGAGAAAUUACUUGCAUUAAAAUCAAUCACUCAGAUCCCAGUGAAUGUCUCGGCAUUAGAGUGGUGGGUGGGAAUGAAACACCUUUGACCCACAUCAUCAUACAACAUAUAUAUCAAGAUGGGCUCAUUGCUCGAGAUGGCAGGCUCCUUCCUGGGGAUAUGAUCUUAAAGGUCAAUGGCAUCGAUAUCAGCAAUGUGCCUCACACUUACGCACUUUCCAUCCUCAGACAGCAUUGCCAGGUGCUGAAGCUUACAGUUCUCAGGGAGCAGAGGUACAAAUGUAGGAGCAAUGGAAUUAUCACAGACCCACACACACCUCGGGAUGACAGCAUACAUGUUGUGUUAAGCAAAAGCAGUCAGGAUGUGCAGCUUGGGAUAAAGCUGGUCAGGAAGCGCGAUGAGCCUGGGAUAUUUAUUUUUAAUUUAUUGGAAGGCGGAGUGGCAGCUCGAGACGGUUACCUGCAUGAGAAUGAUCGGGUUUUGGCAAUUAACGGCCACGACGUGCGCAACGGGACGCCAGAAAUUGCAGCCCAGCUCAUACAGGCCAGCGAGGAGGGGGUUUACUUUGUUGUUUCACGACAGACCAGACAUCAGACCCCUGAUAUCUUGCAGGAGGCUGGAUGGCAUAACAACAGCAGCCCUCCGCCAUGCCCCAAUGAAAGAAACCAAUUUAACAAGUCCUGUCAUUUUCUCUAUCAGAAUUCUAACCGGACAGUCCUAUGUGUGGAAAAGGUUGUGAACAUCGUUAAGGACCACACAGAAUCUUUGGGAAUGACGGUGGCAGGUGGUAUAUCCAACUGGGAGUGGGACCUGCCCAUCUUUAUCACAAGCGUAGACGCAGAUGGAGUCAUCGGAAAGGACGGGAGGAUAAAAACAGGUGACAUUUUGCUGAACGUCAAUGGAAUAGACCUGACAGGAGUCAGCCGUAGUGAAGCUGUGUCUCUAUUAAAAAACUCUUCUUCCUCAUGUGUGGUUCUGAGAGCCUUGGAAACAAAAGAAUAUGAGCCGGAGGAAGACAUCAGCAGCAACUCCCUGCUCUUGGACUCGGUCCAGAAUGGCUUUGAAAGCAGAGAAUGGUCACCAGUCUGGGUCAUGUGGCUGAAGCUGCCUCGGUAUUUGUACAGCUGCAGAGAGAUUGUGCUGAGGAGGAAUACAGCGGGGAGUCUGGGUUUCAGCAUUGUAGGAGGUUCUGAGGACUGCAACCGGAACAAACCAUUCUUUAUUAAAUCCAUACUAGAAGGCACCCCCGCAUACAAUGAUGGAAGAAUCAGGUGCGGGGACAUACUCAUGGCUGUGAACGGGAGGUGUACAUCUGUGAUACCUUAUUCCCUCCUAGUAAGGAUGCUGAAAGAAUUGAAAGGAAGAGUGGUACUAACAAUUGUGUCAUGGCCUGGGUCUUUCUUGUAGGCAAUGCAUCACUGUCAUGUAUUUCACAUUCCACAUUCCGUGCUACUUCUCCCGUGUUCUUAAUACCGGUAUUAGGUUUUCCGAACAUGUGCACUGUUUGUCAAUAUUGGGUGUAAAUGAUCACCGAUGUGUUAAACGUGCAUGCAAGAAAAUGCGGUUUUAAAACGCCAGCGAUCAGAGCACUUUUACACCAUAUAACUGUUUAGAUGUAUCUGUUGUCUGACAAGUGUAUCUGUGUUUUAUUCCCAGUAAUGACUCUGUCAAUGCUGACUUUGUCCUGUGUUUGACAUUGUCAUACUGUAUACAUUAACCAGCCACCGCUUCUGUCUGUGAAGUACAAGGAUGUGGUCACAAACUGUGGCAAAAAUGGUACAGUGUUACUAUUGCUAUGUCUAUCUCUUGUGGAAUCAUCUCAGUUUUGUUUGUUACACUGAAAUUCAUCAGUAACCUAAUUUGGAAGGUAACAAAAAUGGUAUACACUAUACAGUCCGCUUAACCUGCCAAAUCCAAAACUGCAGUAAUCCAUUGUUAUGAUAAAGAGGUCAGCCGAUGACCAGUCAGAAUGUUUAUCAGUUCCUAGCUGGCCAACCAGGGCCUUCCAUAAUCCCAUCUGAUUACCAAAUGACCAAGUCUGAGCAGUUUAGUCCACAGCAAGUGCGACAGACCUGAUGUAAAUUAGCUGUGAUCUGGAUGGUAUACUGUAGGUCAUGUUUCAGAACAUACUGUCCGCAUGACACACGUGUGUCAGGGACUGUGCUCAUCUCUUCAUACAUCAACUUUUUUUUGGGGUUGACAAGUCUAUUUGACUGGUCAGCAGAUGUUGUAUAUACGACAGAGGUAAAGUGCAAAGUUGGGCAUCUCUUAGCACCACUGGUGCAGCCGCCAGGCAUCCUUCACUUUGUAUAAUGUAUUGCGGCACAUCAUACUGCAAAGAUCGGAAGAGCUGCACCCUGCUCUGUCACCCAGUGUGGUAUUAACUUGAGAAAGUAUCAAGGCUUUAUUCCAAGUGUCUUAUUUCUUGAGUUUAUAAUAUUAAGGGGCAUAUUUAUCUAACAAUGAGAUAUUCUUGUUAUUACUCUUUGCUAAUCUUAAAUGGUGCUCCAACCAAUCAGCUCCUGGCAUUUGCAAAAAAAAAUGACAGGAGCUGAUGGGUCGGAGCACCAUUUAACGAGGGGUAACUAGAAUAUCACUUGUCGUUAAAUCUGUCCCUAAAUAUAGUCUUAUCUGCCCCAUGGUGCUCCUGGGGUGAGGAUGUACGAAUAUCCCUACAUUAAAAAUAACAUUACUGACACUUCCCAAAUGACUACUAGACAAUCAGUGGAAAACCUUGUGUUCCAGGUGCAAUCUCAUUUGUUUAUUGUAACCCUAUUUCUCCUGUAAUUUCACAACCAGCACAUGAUUUAUAUAGAAUGCGAAAAUCCACCCAUCCUCUAGAACAAUUCUGUAGCUCUCCACAAAGGCCACAAUAUCUUGGCUAGCAAAGUACGCAAAGCAGGACAUGACAUCGCAAGUGUAUAGAAAGGUGCUAUUCGGUGUUGUUCUGCUGCAUCUUAUAACUGCCAGAGGCUUGUGUUGCGGUUACAGUUGUGCACCUAUGACAAGAAAGUUACACAACCGGUUACCGCAUUGCUAGCUCAGUCAAACACAAAAUUAAAACUUAAGACACGACAGCUUGUGCAGAACACUGACGACAUUCAGCAUUUUUUAACUUAUCCAGGUACUUACAUAGGACCAAACUGUGAUACACAAUCUUGGGUGGUAUAAUAAUUACAAUGUUAUGCUUUGCUGUAUUGCUUUUCUGUCAUUUACAUUGUCCAGGUGGAUCGCAGUAAAGCAUACUAACCUACUUUUUAGUGGUGCCAUCUUGGAGGGGGAUCUAGUGGUAGCUGCAGUGGCUAUUCACAGCGAAAUGCAUCAUCUCUGGUAAUGUGGGCGAGAUCCUGGAGGGUUUACGCCACCCCUUGGUGAAUUUCCCCAAAUGCAGCAGGUAUGGAGUAAAUAGGGUUACAUUAGGACCAGCAUUCUAUUUCAUUGUUGGUCUAGUCUUAGCAUUUAGUUGGCUGAUACAUGAUCAAAUUAAAGAAAAUAGUUAUUCCGUAGUGAAAUAAACAAGGAAGACUUUGCUCAAAAUUGGACAGCUGAAAAAUGCUCCAAAGAUAAACUAAUCAAUACUAUAGGAGCAUUUUUAUUAUUUAUUUCUGUAGUGGCUAAUAGAAGCAAAGCUCCCCCCCCACGCCUGUUCAGAAACCCAGAGACCUGCGGGUUUAGUAAUACAGAACCUCCAAACUACUAUUAACCAACAUUAAAUGGCCAUGGAGGGGGUGACUAAUCACAAAAGAAUCUUGAUGGUGGCUUCUAAAUGGUCGUCCUGCUUUUUGGGUGGGGCGGUCAGGGAAAUGAAGCUACAGCUAGGAAAAUACUUUAGUUUAAUAGGUGGUUCUGCACUUUGUUACAAUGAUUAAAGUUAUAAUGAAUACACACAUGCUGCAGAAAGUCAUUGUAGCACAUCACACUGCCUGCGGAGACUCUACAAUGCAUCCGUGGGAUGCGGCUGCAGGAACGCUACAUGCAAUGGCUGACCAAGCAUUUUUACAGUUUAAGAAUUUGUGAAAGCUCAGUUACUGAUAUGCAACUAGUGACAAAUAUGGUUCAUGGUCACACAGUUGAACUACAGCAUGACAUGUGGAACCAUAAUUUGCCAUUUUUUUCUUUCUUAUAUAUAUAUAUUUUUUUUUCUAUCUUACAUCUUCUGAGCUGAUGCUUUGGUUGACAUUAGUGUCUGCAUGAUAGAACAAAGGCAGUUAGAGAGAAUACGUCGGCUGGACAAAUCAAUAUUCCGUCUGUUCAUUCUCUAGAGACAUUCAAUCAGACCCACCUUCUUUAUAAGUAGAUGAUGGGUCCUCCAACACAAAAAAUGUUUUCUUGUUUUGUUAUUUACCCAUACAUUAAAGCAGGGGUGGGCAAAAAAUGGUCCUCAAGCUGCUGAUGAACUACACACCCCAGCAUGCCCAGCCAGUUUUAACUAUGGCAGGGCAUGCGGUGAUGUAUAGUUCCACAGCUUAUUGCCCAACCUUGCAUUUGAGGCACAGAUUUAUGCCUUUGAAUCAGUCUUUGCAGAGUCUUGCCGAGUCCACCUCUAACAAAGGAGUGCGUGGUUGUGGCGAGGUGGGGUUGGGAAAUUGCAGCCAAUCCUUUUAAUAAUGGAUUAGUGACGCCAAAGAAAUACGGCUUUUUAUUAAACUACACCAUUCAAGAGAGGACAAGAACAGUGCUAUACACUGAGCUCUUGGUGGUUUUUUUGAAUGUGGGGUCUAUUUACUAAGCCUUUGAUUUUGUUCCAUUUCAUAAUUUUGUUAUUCUAUGGGGGAGAUGUAUUAAGCCCUGCAGAGUGAUAAAGUGGAUGGAGAUAAAGUACCAGCCAAUCAGCUCCUAACUGCCAUGCCACAGGCUCGGUUUGAGAAAUGACAGGAGCGGAUCUGCUGGUACUUUAUCUCCAUCCAAGGCUUAGAAAUAGACCCUUAGUAUUAAUGUUAAAAAAUGUAGUUUAAAAAAAAAAAAUCUGUUCAACCAGCAGGUCCAUUAGCCAUCGUUCCCAACACCUGCAACCAGAAAAUCAGGACACAUCAUACAUCACCCUAUACCAGAUGUUUCCAAACGCGGUCCUCAAGGAACACCAACGGUCCCGGUUUUAAAUAUAUCCAUGCUUGGCCACAGGUUACUUAAGUAGCACCUUAAUCAGUUUGAUUUAACCAUCUGUGCUGAGCCAUGGAUAUACCUAAAUCCUGGACUGUUGAGGUGCCUUGAGGAACGAGUUUGGGAACCUCUGCCCUAUACGUACGUUACAUAAGGCCACACACGUUCCCCCAAUCAUUAUCACACACUUUAACUGAUGCUGGAGGUGGGAACAGUUAUUUGGUGAGGUCUAAAAAAAAAAAAGUUGAACUGAAGGGAGAAAUGUAGUUAAUUAUCAGUCACCUGCAUCAGAAACUGUGUCACAAAUGUUGUAAUUGCCCCUGCCAGAACACACUGCAACAUUUUGUGGUGUUCAUGAAUAUCACUGGGAACUCUGAUAGGGAACAGGUUUUAAAAAAAAAAAAACAAAAAAAAAAAACCCACAGGGGUACAGCCCUUUGCCAACUUUUACUCCUGAAAUACUGCUUAGUUUAGCUUCAGUUAGGUCUGAGAGAACAAUGGUGUUACAUGCCUCUAUCUUACAGGGCAUUGUUGUUACUAGUGGUAGGAAUGCACUUUGCGUGAUAAAUGCAACAUAGUACAUACACGUGUCAUAGCAUUGAAAGUCUAUGCAGAGGCCAGGGGAUAUAUUUACUAACAUGUGAGUUUAUAAAGGUGGAGCUGUUGCCCAUAGCAACCAGAUUCUAGCCAUUAUCUUCUAGAAGGUGCUAGAUGAUAUGUAGAAUCUGACUGGUUGCUAUGGGCAACAUCUCUACUGUUAUAAACCCACAUGUCAGUAAAUAUAGCCCCAGGUCUCUGCCACUUCUGUAGAGUAAUCAAGUUCUUUGCGUAUCACACCCUAUAAACAUUAAGGGGAGGUAAUUAUCAAAUUUCAGAGAGAUACAAUUGUAAGAGAUAAAGUAUCAGCCAAUCAGCUUUUGCCUUACAUUUUACAGGCUGUGUUUGAAAAAUGACAAUUAGGAGCCUACUUUAUCACUUACAAUUGUAUCUCUCUCCAAGGUUUGAUAAAUACCCACCCUAAAUUUCAUUUCAAUAUUUGGUACUGCAAGUGUAGGUUUUUGGUUUUGUAUUGGGACAUAAAAGGAGCCUGACUUCAGUUAUGAGUGAGUCUGCACGGCUCUUCAUCACCUCAUACACAAGUAUACACUCCAUCACCUGCCUCUAUUUUGAUGAGAAAACAUACACAACGCACCGGCCACAGGCGUUUCUACUGCACUUUUUGCAAAUGCCCAUAGCCUGGGAAAUGAGCUACUAGUCCAAGCAAAGUACCACCAAACGCUACAGAACUUUACAAUGUACACUAAUAUUCAUUUGGUGACACAAUUACAUGUACGCACCAAAGUUUACAGACAUGAUCUUCAACCGUGUACAUUUAUAGAUGAAUAUUGUAGAAUACCGAAAAUCCCCUGUAUCACAAGAUGUGCCUGACAAUAGUAUUUUCAAUACAGAUCUGAACAAGACUCCUUCCUGUCUUCUUUCAAACACUUUUGUCUGUUGUAUUUUUAAAGGUAAAUCUGUUACAUUGCUAUUUACAGAUGAACAGUUUUGAAUUUGUGAAGUGUAAAUUAAAAAAUAAAAAAUAAAUAAAAAUAGUGAUUUUUUUUUGGAUUGGUAAUUGCAUGUCAAACCAUUUAAAAUAUUUUUCUAAUCUAGAUAAUGGGUUUCUACAAAUGUAACUGUUGAAUAUUUUUUUUUCUCAUGUGUCAACGAAAUUAUUUUUUGUAAAAGUAUUGUUUCUUAAACUGUGUAU